AUGGAGAGACUCCCCACCAUGCUACGAUCCAGCCAUCGGCUGACCCGAUUCGCCUGCCUGCAAUCAGGCCCGGACGCCCCCAGCAAAUGCCCAUUCCGCCAACUGAAAUCUCUACGCCGCCGUGAAGGGCUUGCCAAGCUCACCGGCCGCGAGCCCUAUGUCGAUGAUCUGCGGCUCGAAGAUCCGCUAUGGGUCUUCACCGUCCGCAGCCCGGUAGCCCGUGGCCAGAUCCGCGAGCUGCGCUUUGGCGAUGGGGUCGCCGGUCAGAAAGUGAACUGGGACGAGGUGACGGUAGUCGAUCACCGCGCCAUCCCCGGUGACAACGUGGUCGCGCUGAUCGAGGACGACCAGCCGAUCCUAGCGGUCGACCGAUGGCCCGCCGUGCCGCCGCGGCCCGUCGAAGUGGUGAUCGAUGCCGAGCCCGCGCUGCUCGACUUUCGCCAGCAGCCCACAUCCGAGCAGCUGCAACACGGCGACGACAACGUCUUCAAACGGAUUUCGAUCGACAAGGGCGACGUCGACGCCGCCUUUGCCGCAGCUCCCAUUGUCGUCGAAGGCACCUACGAGACCGGGGCCCAAGAGCACGUUUACCUCGAAACCCAGGGCAUGGCAGCGUGGCUCGAGGGCGAUGUGGUGGUGGUACAGGGCUCGAUGCAAUGUCCUUACUACGUCGAGAAAGCUCUGCGGCGCGGUCUCGGUCGCGAGGCUGACGGGGUGCGGGUCAUCCAGGCCGGCACCGGCGGUGGCUUCGGCGGCAAGGAGGAGUUCCCCUCCGGCCUGGCACUGCACGCCGCCUUGGUGGCGCUCGAAACCCGCCGCCCGGCGAAGCUGAUUUACGAGCGCGGCGAGGACCUGGCCGUGACCACCAAACGGCAUCCAUCGCAGGUGAGCUACCGCACGGCGGUCGACAAGGAUGGUCGUCUGCUGGCGCAGGAGGUCGACGUGCUGCUCGAUGCUGGCGCUUACGCCACCCUGUCGGCGGUGGUGCUCAGCCGGGCGGUGAUCCAUGCCGGAGGCCCCUACCACUGCGACAACGUCCGCAUCGAAGGCCGCGCGGUGCUCAGCAACGCGGUGCCCUUCGGCGCCUUUCGCGGUUUCGGUGCGCCGCAGGCCCACUUCGCCACCGAGCGCCACCUGGACCGGAUCGCCGACCAGCUCGGGAUCGACCCGGCCGAGUUGCGGCGCCGCAACCUUAUCCAAACCGGCCAGUCCACCGCCACCAGUCAGCGAAUCGACGACGGCGUCGACCGCGAGGCAGUGCUCGACCGCGCCCUCCAGAUGAUCGGCUGGGACGAGCGCCGCGCCGCCCACCGUGUCUUCAACGCCGGCGAGCGCUGGCGGCGGCGCGGGGUCGGGCUGGCAAUGUUCCAUCACGGCGCCGGCUUCACCGGUGCUGGCGAGGUCUACCUCGACUCCAAGGUCGAGGUCGCCGCCCGGCCCGACGGCAUCACGGUCCUGGCAGCCUCGACCGAGAUGGGCCAGGAGAUCGAGGUGGCCCGCCCGGACACCCACCGAGUACCCAACUCCGGACCCACCGUGGCCUCGCGCACUGCAAUGAUCGUCGGCCGGCUGGUCGAACAAGCCUGUGACGACCUACGCCACCGGCUCGGCUUGCAAGAAGGCGACCGCGGCGAGACCGUGCGGCUCGCCCUGGCCGAUCAUGCUCGGCGCCAUCCGGACGAGCCGCUGAUCGGACAUGGCCGCUACAUACAGCCGCCACACAUCGAUUGGGACGACGAGCGCUACCACGGCGACGCUUAUGGUGCCUUUGCCUGGGCGACCUACGCCGCCGAGGUCGAGGUCGACCUGCGCACCUACACCGCCCGGGUGCUCGAUUUCGUCGCCGUGCAAGAGGUCGGCAAGGUGCUCAACGAGGUGCUCGCCCGCGGCCAGAUCCAGGGCGGUGUCGUCCAGGGCAUCGGCUGGGCACUGCUCGAGGACUGCCGGUUCGAGGACGGGGCGAUGCAGAACGCCCAGAUGACCAACUACAUCAUCCCCACCGCCGACGACGUGCCGCCGAUCCGAGUCGACUUUCUGGAGUGCCCCUACCCGCACGGCGCCCAAGGCUGCAAAGGAAUCGGUGAGCUACCGAUGGACGGUCCCGGACCAGCGAUUGCCAACGCCAUCGCCGCCGCCCUCGGCCGCAGCCGCUGGACUGUGCCCCUCGACCCGGUCAGGCUGAUGG